CCGCCAGUGAAUCCUACACCAUGAUGAAUGAAAGCAAGAUAUACUCUCUCUAAACACGUAUACAGAAGCCAAUCUGCGUUUGAUGGAGCUAAGGAGCUAUGUCUUCCAGUGCACCCGGAAUGGGUACAGUCCGAGAAAGGAAGGGCAACGCGCAACGACCACUGAAAGCUCUACUAGUUCUCCUGCUCUUUGUUAAUUUCGCACAAGGCCUCUACACGCUACCACUCAAUAAGAUCAUCGAGCAAAGAUUAUGUCGCGAAUACUACCAGGAGUACGAUCCAAGUCACGUUCAGGCAGACGGCACAAUUGAUGAAUCUAUGUGUAAAAUCAGCCAGAUACAGUCGAGACUAGCAACUUUACAGGGUAUAAUGGAGACUACUUGGACUAUUGGAGACUUUUUAGUAACGAUCCCGAUGAGCUUCGUGGCUGCUCGCUACGGCGCAAAAUUGGUGCUAUAUAUCAAUCUGAUACCGCGCGCUUGCCUUCUUCUUUGGCCAGCCUUGUUCAAUUACUUUGACAGAGUCGUCCCGACGACAUCAAUCAUCGCUGCUCCGUUCUUGUCAGUGUUUGGUGGAGCAUGCGUUUUUGAAACGAUCAUAUAUACACUUACAGCGAACAUGUCCGAUGACAAUACCCAGAGAGCAACACAUCUUGCAUGGAUCAGUUCAAUCAGUUACGUUGUCAAUCUUCUCGGUCCAGCUACCUCGGCAGCUACAAUGAAACUUGUCGUCUGGCUACCUCUUGGGAUAGGUCUUCUGCUUCUUGCCUCCGCAUCUAUGACGAUCAAACAUAUCCCAGACUAUGUUCAUCAACUUCAUCCGAUCAGAGGAUCAGAAUCAAAUCCCUUGAUUCCAGCACUAUCUACCGAGACCACGCAAUCCUCGUUGAAACGGGACGAGGACUUGCCUAUGCAUCUUGCAAUAUUGCAUGAAUUUCAUGAGAUCUUUAAACUAAUCUUCCAUCCUUUGCAUAUCAACAUACGGCUACUACUCAGUAGCUUCGUCCUCACGGCAGUGGCUGGUUCCAACACGUAUCUACUCGUCCAAUAUAUUUCCCUUCGAUAUGGCUGGACCUUCACGGCCGCAGGCUUCCUUCUAUCCGUUAAGUCCAUCUUCAACCUCUUUCUCCUUACGACUCUCGUUCCUUCUCUCAUGUACCUCGCUUCGCAUGUUUUUAGGCCAGUGGGACUGAACUCAGUUGCUGCAAUCCUAAGCCUCAUCAUAUCGGUCAUAGGCGCGUUUGGCAUCGGCCUUUCUUUUGCCUUCUGGCAACUUCUAACCAGCCUUAUAAUCUAUGCCAUGGGGUCCGCGCUUCCGGUUUUCAAGUUUUCACUCCUUCGCGCGUCUUGUGUGUCUGGCAUCGUGUCUUCUUCAAGUCGCUCUUCCGAUGCACACACUCCGACACAGCUUUUCUCCUUGGCGAUGCUAUCGAAAACGGCUGGAUCCCUUAUUGGUGCACCUUUAAUGGCUGUUUUGUGGGUUCAUGGCAUUGAAACCGGCGGCAUCGCACUAGGUUUACCAUAUUUCGUCUCAGCAGGAUUUUAUGCCCUUGCGAUUGGAUUGAUUGUCAUGAUGAAACUGGAGGAAGAGACUUUGACUCGGAUAGAGUAGAAAUGGGUCACUUGACUUCGCCAUUGGACUACAGAAAGACACGACUUGGCUAGAUGCUCGAUUAGGCUAUGAAUGGCUCUAAAAUCCUACGGAGUCAUGUGUCUGCGGGGCACCUGCAGGCAUCAUAAUUUCUGUUACUGUCAUAUCCACCAAGUCGAGCACACAUCAUUGGUGCGAUAUAGCCUACAAGUAUGGUUCGAAACUUCUGAAAUUUGCCAGCAAGCCAUUCCCUGUGGGGCCUUUCCAAGAUCCAGUUCGGCUCUUUCUAUCUGGUUGCAUAUCUCCACAUCUCGUAGCAAUGUGGCUUAUCAACACAGAUA